AAAAAGAAAAUUCUUGUAUGUGUGUAUGAUUGCAGCACGUGUGUGACACAUCCGCCAUUAUUUUACUCCUAAAAAAUUAUUAGCAGUGCUUCUUCACCCUAAAUAAUUCCCAACACAAAAAAAAAAAAAAAUCUACCGGCAAGUUGUUGGUAUUUUUUUUUAAUUUUUUUUUUUUUUAAUUACAAGUGAAAAUAGGAAAAUAACAAUAAUAAAAAAAUUAACAUCUUGAUAAUUCAAUUGACAUUUUAUAAUUAUUUAAAAUGGCAACAAUACUAAGAUACGCUAAAUAUCUCCGUCAAGUACCGGGUGGUUUAAGUAGACGAUUAAAUAUCGUGCAUAACCAUGUUGAAGCAUCACCUGGAAAAUUUAAUCUUCAACAUCAUCAAUUGCCACAAUUAUCAGCAGGUUACGCAACAAGCGCCGGAUUAAAAUCAUUUCCAUCAUCAUCAUCAUCACAACCAUCUUUAUCAUCAUCAUCAUUAUCACCAAUACAAAAUUAUGAAAAAUCAUAUCAAAAUCUUGAAUUACAAUUACGUAAAUCAGGACGUGCAUUAAAAUCAGAUAUUGAAAGAAUACUUGGUGAAAUUGAAUUAUUACAUACAAUACCAUCACUUGAUGCAUUAUUAUUAAUAAGAUGUUGUGGUAAACCACUUAUUGAUCGUAAUUCAUCUGAAUGUAUUGAGCUAGUUAAUGAAGUUUGGAGUACACUUGAAAAAUUAAAAGUACCACUUGAUGUAUCACAUUAUAAUGCAUUAUUAAAUGUUUAUCUUGAAAAAAAUUAUAAAUUUUCACCAAAUAAUUUUAUGAAUACAAUGAUGAAUAAUGGUGUUGAUUUAAAUCGUGUUACAUAUCAACGUUUAAUUGCUGGAUAUUGUCAAACUGGUGAUAUUGAAGGUGCAACAAAUAUACUUGCUAUAAUGCAUAGUAAAGGUAUACCAGUAUGUGAAAAUAUAUUUAAUUCAUUAAUAACUGGACAUUCAGAAGCAAAUGAUAUGGAUAAUGCUGUUGGUAUAUUAAAAACAAUGGAUAGCUCUGGUAUACAACAUUCAGCUGAUACAUAUUGUGCAUUGCUAUGUGCAUAUGCUAAACGUGGUGAUAUGGAAUCAAUUAAUAAAAUACAUGAUGAUUUAAAAAAACUUAAUUUAACACUACUGGAUAAUCAUACUAUUGAUGUUAUACUUAGUCUUGCUGUUAAUGGACACACUGAUAAAGCAUAUGAAUAUUCAAAAAAUUUAAAUAAAGAAGUUGUAUCUGAUAGUGAAAUUGGUAGAUUAUUAGUUAAACUUGUUGAUAUUAAACAACUUGAUUUAGCUAUUAAAUUAUUAAAAUUAACAUCAAAUGAUGAAACACGUUAUCAAAUACGUAGUACAUAUUUAAUACGUAGUAUAGCAUCACAUAAAAAUUAUAAUACUGAAGAAAUAAUAAAUAUGUGUCGUAUAUUAGAAGAUGAAAAUUUACAUAAACGUGCAUUUAUUGUAACAUUAUAUCAUAUAUUAUCAAAUAAUAUUGAUUGUGAUAGAGCUAUUAAUUUAAUGAAAACAUAUGCAUCACGUGAUGGUGAAAUACGUGAACAUUAUUUUUGGCCAAUAUUAAAAGAACAUUCUAAAAAUAGUAAUAUUGAUGGUAUUAUUGGAACAUUAAAAAUUAUGAUUAAUGAUUUUAAUAUUAUGCCAUCAUUAGAAACAUUAAAAGAAUAUGUUAUACCAUAUAUGUUUGGUACAUAUGAAAAUAUAAUGGCAGCAUUACGUGAAAUAAAUAUACCAAAAGAAAAUGCAGCAAAUGCAAUAUUUGGUAGAUUAAUAUAUGAAAGAAAAUUACGUAAUGCAGUUAUGUUUUUAACAUCAUAUCCUGGUAAUUAUUCAAAGGAUGCAUUUUUAAAAUCAAUUAUUGAUUCAUUAAAUUAUCGUAUUGAUGUUAAAUCAUUUGUUAUAUUAUUAAGAUUUUUAAAUGACAAUAAUACUGAUGGUAGUAGUGAUGUUGAUAAUACAAGUGUUGCAUUAGUUGAUGAAGCAUUGAGAGGUUGUUUAACACAAAUAACAACAUAUAAAAGUAAAACAAUAUUUAAAAUAAUUGAUGAAUUAAUUGAAUCUGGUUUAACAAUAUCAAAUGAUGUUGCUAAUGAAAUACGUGAUAAUUUAUCAUCAAAGCUAACACCUGAAAUUGAUGAUAAAAUUAAAUUAUUAUCAUCUGGUACACUUAAACAAGUACCAAUGAUUGAAUAUAAUCCAUAUUUAAAUUCAUCAUCAUCAUCAGCUACAUCAUCAUCAUCAUCAACAAUGUCAAGAGAAGCAAUAAUGGGUUCAUAUAAUUUAAUUGAUUUACGUCGUCAAUUUGCUUAUAAUGUUGAAAAAAAAGAUGAUAAAUUGGUAUAUGAUACAUUAAUUAAAAUGGAAAAUUCUGGUUAUUCAUCAGCAGCUGUUUAUGCACAAGCAAUUGAUAUAUUUUGUGAAACAAAUAAUAUGGAUGCAGCAUCAAAAUUUAUGAAAAUUUUUGAAGAAAAAUAUCCAGAUGGUAAAUUAGAUCAUCAAAAAGUAUUAAAAUAUGCAACAUUAUUAAUUAAAAAUGAUCGUUUUGAAGAUGCUAUUGAAUUUAUAUCAAAUAAACCAGUACCAAAUGGUGAAGAAAGAAAAUCACGUAGUGUUGCAUCAUGUGUACGUAGAUUAUUUGAAACAGUUGUUGAAACAAAACAUGUUGAUAAUUUAAAUCAAUUAUUUAAUUUUUUAAAAUCAAAAAAUUAUGUUGAAAUUGAUAAUUAUAUACUUGGUCCAUUAAUUAAAAUACAUAUUGUACGUAAUGAUUUACCAAAAGCACUUGAUACAUUUGAACGUGCAUGUAUUGAUUAUAAAUGUACACCAUAUAAAAAUGUAUUAUCAAUGACAUUUAUUGAAAAUGAAGAUGCAAAUUCAUUACAAAAAUUAACUGAUUUAUGUACUGAAAUACAUGGUGAAAGUAAUGCACUUGUUGAUCUUGCAUUUAUGUUCCUCGAAUGUGGUAGAGUACGUCAAGCUAAAAAAAUACUUGAAACAUCUGGUAUACAAGUAUAUAAUGAUAAAAUAAUAAAUGCCAUUGAAAGAUUUUCAAGAAUUGAUAAAUUUGAGUAUUUAGAACAAAUAACUAAAAUAACACGUAAUGUUUCAAGACUUGAUCGUGGAUUAUUAUAUAAUACAUUAUUAGAAGUAUAUAAUGAUAGAAACGAUUAUGAACGUGGUCUAGCAUUAUGGACUGAAAUGCAAGAAGACAAUGUACAACCAACUAAUUAUUUCUUAAAUUUAUUAAGUAAUUUAUUAAAAAAAAAUAAUCAACCAGUACCAUUUAUUUAUAAUAGUUCAACAAUUGAUAAUCAAAAACAAUCAUCACUUUCAAUUAAUACAUAUAAUAACAACAACAACUACAACAACAACAUCAACAAUAACAUCAACAAUAACAACAACAACGAUAACAACAAUAAUAAUAAUGAUAAUAUUAAUAAACGUAAAAUUACAAGACGUUCUUUUGAUGAAAAUUUAGCUGAUGCAUUAGAUAGAAAAGAUUGGGCACAAGCUGAAGAUAUAUGUCGUAAUCCAACGAAUGCAAGAAAAGAAACAAGAAAUAAACUUGGUGCAUUAAUAAGAGCACUUAUUGAUAAUAAUGAAAUUGACAGAGCAAUUAUAUUAACAAGAUCAGUUUUACAACAAAAUUAUGGUAUUAGAUUAUUUUUAUUUGGUGAAUUAUGUGAAAAAUUAAUUGAUGCAAAACGUUUUGAUGAUAUUGAAGAAUUUAAAAAUAUAUUAAGUGAAGAACAAAUAUAUGAACUUGAUUUUUAUAAAAUAUUUUCAAAAGCUCAAAUAAUAAAAAAUGGUAUUAAAAAUUAUAUUGAAAAUAAUAAUUUUGAAGUAUGUAAUGAUGAUGUACGUUCAGCUGAAAAAAAUAUACAUUUUGGUGAAUUAACACAUGGUUUAUUAUGUGAUCCAAGUGCAGUUGGUGAUUUUGAAUUAUGGGCUAAAAAGCUAGCUGAUAAAGGAAUAACAAGAGCAAUGCAAUCAUUAUGGAAUUAUCAUUUUAUUAAUAAAUCACCUGAAGCUGAUGAAUUAUGGACAAAUUAUAUGAUGAAUAAUAAAUCACCAUUGAUAAGACCAAUCAUUGAUUUUGCAAUACAAAAUAAAGAUGUCAUGUUGAUUAAAAGAUUAGUACAAAAACUUGAUAAUCAUCCACAGUUGAAUAUUAAUUCAAAAUGUCGUGCAUUAAAUGGAUUGAUAACAACACAUACAUUAGCUGGACAAUAUGAUGAAGCAUUAAAUGUCUUGAAUGAUGUUACUAAAAGAUAUCGUCUUGAAUUAUUUUCACGUAGAACAUUACUUGAACUUAAACAAGGUCUUGAACAAUCUGGAAAACAAUUUCCAUUUGAUCUUGAUAAUAAUGAUUAUUCAAGAAAUGAACCCGAGGAACUUGUCAAGGAAACAGCUUCAAUGUAAAAUUUAAUCAUUGCAUUAAAAAAAAUAUAAAAAUAAUAAUUACAUUGUAAGUUACUGGAUUUCUUUCUUUUUUUUUUUCUUUGUUAAUAAAAAAAAAAAAAGAUAAAAUUAGAAAAAAGCCAAUAAACUGUAUUUAGUUAUUUUAUUUUUAAUUUAAUAAUUGUAUUUGUGUGUAAAAAUAUAAUUUUUAAUAUUAAAAAUAAUUUUUAUUUUAAAGUUUUAGAUAAAAAAAAAACGAUGAAAAAACAUAAUUAAUUAUUGAAACAUACUGUGUAUUUUUUUUUUUUUUUCUUUUGAAAUUUGUUACAUUAAAAAAAUUAUUAAAAUUAAAUGACAGUUUUUUUUUGAAGAAGCAUUAUUGUUAAAAAUAUUUUAAACUUUUGCUUUA